AUGUAUCAUUAUUUAUUUAUUGUCUUCUAUAGAAAAACUUCAUCUUGGCCGAGGCGUAAAUUUCCAACAGCUGUUUGUGCAGUUGCUACAUUCACAAUUAUUGUAAUGGCUGUUGGUAUACUCAUAGUUUGUUUUACAUCAUCAAAAGACAAAAAUAAAAUAUGCAAGUUAACUUUCAAACCGACAGUUAAAUAUGCAAUUGGUUACGAUUCACUUCCGUUACACGCUGCUGUAGGUGAUUUUAAUAAUGACAAUCAUCAAGAUCUUGCAGUUGCUUUUCACGGAAUUCAUAGCAUUGGUGUUUUUUUCGGUUAUGGAAAUGGGACAUUUAGAAAUCAAAUUGAAUAUGGCACUGGUCCAGGAUCUGCUCCAUAUUGGGUCGCUGUUACUGACUUCAAUAAUGAUACUUUAUUGGAUAUUGCUGUUGCCCAUUAUGGUACUAAUAGUAUAGGCGUAUUUCUUGGCUCGGGUGGUGGAAACUUUACUAAUCAAACAACGUUUUCACUUGGUUCUUCUCAGCCUUUAUCAUUGGUCAUUGGAGAUUUUAAUAAUGACCAUCAUCAAGAUAUCGCUGUAGCUAAUUCUGGUACUUCAAAUAUAGCGAUAUUAUUAGGCUUGAACAAUGGAUCGUUUUAUCUUGAAUCGACCAUUGAUAUGGGAUUUGAUUCUAAUCCUUGUUCACUUGUAGCUGCUGAUUUCAACAAUGAUAAACAAAUCGAUAUUGCUGUUGUUGAUAGUGGUGUUAAUACAUUAACUAUACUUUUAGGAAGUGGAUUAGGAACGUUUGUAAAACAUAAAUAUUCGACAGGUAGUGGUUCUAACCCGUCCUCACUCGUGUUUGGUGAUUUCGACAACGACAAUAUCUUAGAUAUUAUUGUCGCCAAUAACGGCACAAAAAGCCUAGGUUUAUUUCUAGGAUAUCGAAAUGGAAGUUUUAGAAAUAUGAUUACAGGUUCGGCUGGUCCUGAUUCGAGUCCACAGUUUAUUGUUGCUAGUGAUUUUGAUAACGACAGAAAUUUAGACUUGGUCGUUGUCAAUACAAAUUAUAACAAUAUAUAUUUGCUUAGAGGAUAUGGAGACGGAAAUUUUUCUCUGGCAGCAACACAUGAAACGGGACCCUCUUCUACUCCAAAUUCGAUUGUCACUGGUGAUUUCGACAAUGACAAUCGUCCAGAUGUCGCCGUUCUUAAUUUUCUCACUAAUAAUAUUCUUAUUUUGAGUUCAUAUGCCGUUCAUCCUGAUGCAACUCGAUGGACAUAUUCAACUGGCGCUGAUUCUAGACCAGAUUCUAUUGCAGUUGGUGAUUUCAAUCAUGAUAAUCAAUUGGAUAUUGCUGUUGCCAAUAUUAAUAGCAGUAGUAUUGGUAUAUUUUUUGGACUUGAUGAUGGAUCUUUUGAAAGUCAAAGAAUAUAUUUUAUUGGAAAAAAGUCUCGACCUCAAUCGGUUGUUGUGGGUGAUUUUAAUAACGAUAGCAAUCUUGAUAUUGUGGUUGGUAUAUCUGGUAUAAAUUCAAUUCGUAUUUAUUUAGGAAAUGGCAAUAGGUCUUUUAAAUAUACAAAAAGCUAUCCAAUAGAAAGUUCUUAUCCAUUCUUAGUUGCUGUUGGUGACUUCAAUAAAGACAAUAAUCUUGAUAUAGUUACUGCUAUUUAUGAUAAUAAUAAAGCAGGUAUCUUUCUUGGAGAUGGAAACGGUAAUUUUACAAUUAUAAAAACAGAUGCACCUGAAAGUGAUCCAUAUAUGAACUCUGUUGCUGUAGGAGAUUUCAAUCAGGAUGGUUUUCUAGAUUUUGCAGUUUCACAUUAUCGACGUGCUACAAUUAGUAUACAUCUUGGGUAUGGCAAUGGAUCUUUUCAUAUUUUAAUGAUUAUUUCAACUGGUUUUCAUUAUCCACGUAAUAUUGCUAUUGGAGAUUUGAACAAUGAUGGACAACUUGAUCUUAUCUUUGCUGAUCCUUAUUCUGCAAGUAUAGAUAUACUUUGUGGAUAUGAAAACGGGGCAUUUGGAAAUAUAACUAUGUAUUCGACUGGUGCUGGUUCCUGUCCAUGGUCUGUUGCUCUUGCCGACUUAAAUAAUGAUACUUUCCUAGAUAUUGUUGUUGUCAAUCAGUGGUAUUUUAGUAUUGGUAUCAUUCCUGGUUAUGGUAAUGGGACAUUUGGAGCACAAGAUAUGUUUUCGACUGGAUUUGGGUCUCUUUCAUCUUCGAUCGUCCUAGGAGAUUUUAAUAACGAUAAUCAGUUGGAUAUUGCAGUCAGCAAUACUGGUACUAAUGAUAUUCAUGUAUUUCUUAUAUCUUUUAAUCCAGAUUUCACAAAGAAAACUUCAAUUUUAACUGGCUCUCGUCCGCAUCCAUUUUCACUUGUUAUCGGUGAUUUCAAUAAGAAUAAUCGAACAGACAUUGCUGUUACUAAUGCAGGAAUCGAUAAUGUACAAAUAUUUCUUGAUUAUGAAAAAGAAACUUUUAUGAACAAAUUUGUCUAUCCAACUGGUUUUGGUUCACGUCCACAAUAUAUAACUACCGCCAAUAUUAAUAACGAUAAUCACCUUGAUAUUGUUGUGGCCAAUUAUUGGAUGGAUAAUAUAAAUAUAUUUUUUGGUAUUGACAAUGGAACAUUUGAUGAACCAACAGUACAUUCAACUGGCUUGAAAUCUCUUCCAAGUUCGGUUACUGUUGGUGAUUUUCAAAAGGAUGGUUGGAUGGAUAUGGUUGUUGCUAAUGAUGGUACAGACAGUAUAGGAAUAUUUCUUGGAUUUGAUUAUCCAACGUUUACAAGUGAUAGCAUUCUUUUAAAUGCACUCACUGUUGUUCCCUUUUAUAUUGUUGCAGCUGAUUUUGAUAAUGAUAAUCAAUUAGAUAUUGCAGUCUCUUAUUCAGAGAUUGACCUUAUUGAUAUACUAUUAGGAACUGGAAAUGGCAGCUUUAUUUAUAUGGCAUCAUAUUCAACCAGUUCCGUUCCAACGGUUAUGGUCGUUGGUGAUUUCAACAACGACAAACAACUCGAUAUUGCUGUAGCUAAUGCAGAUGGUUUCAGUUUCAGCGUUUUUCUUGGAUAUGGCAAUGGAAAAUUUGCUGAACAAAAUUUAUAUUCGACGGGUUCGUCAUCUCCAGGUUGUAUUGCUGUUGGUGAUUUCAAUCAAGAUGGUAAUCUCGAUAUCGUUGUUGCCAACAAAGGAAACGAAUAUAUUAGGGUAUUUAUAGGACAUGGGAAUGGAACGUUUACAGAAAAAAUAUCAUAUUGGACAUCAACUAAUUCAUCAGUAGUCUGGAUUAUCGUUGAUGAUUUCAAUAACGAUCAUAUACCAGACUUAGCUAUUGCUAGCCAAUACAACGACGAAAUUGAGAUACUUUUAGGAUAUGGUAAUGGUCUUUUUAGAAAUGCAACAAAAUAUUCAACAGGAUAUUAUUCUAGUCCAUAUUCAAUUGCUGCUGGUGAUUUGAAUAAUGACGGUUCAAUAGAUAUUGCUGUCACUAAUCAAGAUACUAAGAAUAUUGGCAUAUUUUUUGGUCAUGGUAACGGUACUUUUUCAUCUCAAACAACAAUACCGAUAGGCUUUGAAUCUAUUUUGACUAUGAUUGCUAUUGCUGAUUUGAACAAUGACACAAUACUCGAUAUAGUUGUGUCUGAUUUGGGCAAGGGUGAUGGUAAUAUUAGUGUACUUUAUGGAUAUGGAUAUGGAAAGUUCGCUAUGCUAAAGACCUAUUCAACUGGUGUUAAUUCAUAUCCGACAUGUUUUGUCAUAUAUGAUUUUAACAAUGACAAUAGAGUAGAUUUGGCUAUCAUUAUCCCUAAUACUGCCACUAUAAUAAUCAUGCUUCGAGAUAAAAUUACACCUUUUGCAACACAAAUAACUAUUUCAAUUGGCAAUGAUUCUUCUCCUACUUCAGUUGCCGUUGGAGAUUUCAAUAAUGAUGAUCGAUUAGAUAUUGCAGUUGCCAAUGCUGGUACGCAUAAUAUUGGUAUACUUCUCGGACAUGGUAAUGGGUCAUUUGACGAGCAAACAACAUACUCAACUGGUGAUUCUUCUAAUCCAGUUUGGAUUGUUGUAAAUGAUUUCAAUAAUGAUCAUCAAUUAGAUAUUAUUGUUGCCAAUUUUUUUACGAGUAAUAUUGGUAUUUUCUUUGGUUAUGGUAACGGAACGUUUGCCGAAAUAAUAUAUUAUUCGACUGGAAUUGGUUCAUCUCCAUGCUCAAUAGCAGUUGCUGAUUUAGAUAAAGAUAAUCGAUUAGAUCUUGUUGUUGCUAAUCUCGGUACCAAUAAUAUAGUUGUUUUUUAUGGUUUAGACAAUGGAGUUUUUGGAAAUCCAUUGUCAUAUUCUGUAAAUUAUAAUGCUCGACCUGUAUCUGUUAGUAUUGGAGAUUUUAACUAUGAUGGUUGGUUAGACAUCGCUGUUGCAUGUUAUGGUACAGACUAUGUAGAAAUUUUUCUACAAACAUGCUAA